GCUCUGAUAUCAAAACUGUGCUCUGUUUAUUCAACGUUUUUGGUUUAGCCUUACAUUGUGAAGCUACAUUUUUUUAUAUAUAUACUGGGACUAAACAAUCAUCACUCGAUACCUAGGGAUCUGAGAGGAUCGAAUCUAUUUCACAGACCUGAGGGCAGCUUCCUUGAAGUUUCCUUUUUGGCUAGCUGGACACGACAAAUGUUAUUACCGUUGAACCGCCCCCCCCCCCCCCCCCCUUCCUCUCUUGCUUUUGUUGCAGAGUUUCAGAGGUCGGACUUGACUUUUCGCUGGGCAUGUAUAGUUGUUGUGACUGGGCCGAAGGCAUAAGUUAGUGAGAAAUGUAAGUUGCACGUUGUGGAAAUAACUUAAGCACAACUGCACAAGUUAAUUGAAUUUAUUCAAGAAAAAUAUCCUACGAUUUUUCUAAAUCAUUUUUUAUUUUAAAAGUAGUAUACAAAGACAAAAAUGAUCAAAAUAGCAAUCAUUAAAAAUAUAAAAAUACAUAUAUUAUUAGGGCAAAAUGAUUUAAAAUUAGAAUAUAGAUUUUUGAAUGUGAAUGUUCUAGGGUUUAGACAUUAAGCUUUGUGAUAUGUUCCCUCCGGUUUCAUAAAGAUUUAUGUUUUUUUAAAUUAUUUCAAAAAUAUGAUUUUGUAUUUUUAAUGUAUUUUUAUCAAUUAAAUAUGAUUAGUUAUAAUUUUUUUAAAAAUUAAAUGAAUUUAUUAAAUUUUAUUACUUUAAAAUUAUGAGAAAUAGAUAUUCACAAAGUUAUGUAUUUAACAUUAAAAUCUAAUAUGUUUUAUUAAUAUGUGUUAAAAAUCUAAAAUAUGUAUUACUUUGAAACAUAGAAAAAAUAGUGAUUUAAGUUAUCAAAUUUAGAGCUAAAAUAUAUCGUAGUGACACACAAUCUUCUGAUCAUAUGUCAUAUAAUUUGACUUCGUACAACAUCUAAAAUGCAGUGUUUUCAUCCUUUAGUUUCAUUUAUUUUAUUAUAGGAUUUAUGUGUGUUUGAUAUUAAUUAUAUUUGAUGAAUCAAUUUUAUUUUGUUAAUUUGUCUUUAGUUAACCAAUACAUAUUUUCUUGGCCCAAUAAUUUGUUAAAAUAAUUAUUUUUAGUUUUCUCCGUUUAUAAGAUAAUAGAAACGUGCUUUUGUUGUUUUCUCCGUUUCUGUUACAUGUGCUUCUCGUAUUUGGCUUUGACUCCGCGAUACUAGGUGAUUUGCCAACUAACACAUUUGACUUUCUCUUUGCUAAUAAUCCACUUCUACGGGAGUGUUGGUGUCAAAACUCGGGUUCAAACAGAAAACUAAACACGAUAGCAAUCAAUUCUGACAGAGACAACGCCAUGGCAAGUUUUUUUUUUUUUGGUAAAAAAACUUUGAUUAUGAGACCAUGAGGGCAUCAGCAUCGGUGAGAACAUAUUGAGUUUCUUGAAAAAACAGAAUUAAUAUUAAAAAAUCAAUUACCAAAGAAAAAGUGACAAAUAUCUUUAUAAGCUCUUAUCUCUCUGGGAAGAGUUAAUUAUUGCAUCUCUCCUGCUUUUCGAUUACUUUUUGCAUUUUUCAUUUAUUUUAAUUUCUGAGAAACCCUAAAAUUGUUAACCAUUGUGCAUGUUCUGAGCCGUUUUUUUGUCUUUUCUUAAAUUUUAAUUAAGAAAAACCAAGAACUAUCUAUUAAAUAAGAGAUAUAAAAACUGUUUUUUAACCGAAAAGUAUAAAAAAAAUCAAAUCAUAAAUUAAAAACUUCAGCUAAGAAACCGGAGUUAAUUAUGCUCCGAAGGAUAAAGGGCAUCCAAUGUCAAAUACAAUCUUGAAUCCAACAAAAUGUCCUAAAACUCAAACAAAAUGUAUUAAAACUUCAAACGUAACAACCAUAUGAUUCGCUUCAACCAACUGAUCCGGGGAGUUCAGCGUAGGAUGGCAUGUUCUUUUCACAAGUUACAAUCAAAUACAGACAUGUAUAAACUAAUCAUGACUGAAAUCAAUUAUGUUAGAGUCAACGUGCUGGCAUGUUCCUUUCUCAAGUUGUACUUAUUGUAUAUUAGUACAAUAAAAUACUCUCUAUUAAAUUGUUACGUGUUUAAAGAUUCGAAGUUUUUAAUAUUUUCUAAUUUACCUUAUAAUAUUCGUUCUUUAAGUAGAAAACUUACGUAACAUUUAACAAAACCAGGUUAGAAAAAUCAUUAUUAACCUUCCUUUAAAAUUUGCGGAAACAUCUUCUAUUGUAGAUGCAUUGACAAAAAUAAAGGUAUAUAAAAGGUAGAUAGAUCCAUUGCUUCUUCCAUCACCUCCUCUUCUCAAAGCUUUAAGCAUUCUUAGCUUUUGCCAGUGGAAAUGGACUUAGAGAUAGAGGUGAUGGGGAGAGAAGUGAUCAAACCUGCUACACCCUCACCUCAUAAUCACAUUCAGCUCUCUCUUCUCGAUAUGUCCAUUCCCGCAAUGUACUUCUCAACCAUAUUCCUCUAUAAAUCUGAAGACCUAGUCACUGCGUCGCCCGAGGUCAUCUCAAAGAAACUGAAAAGCUCUUUGUCCGAGACUCUCUCACGCUUAUAUCCACUCGCUGGAGAGAUAGAAGGCGUCUCCAUCAACUGCAACGACAAAGGAGCCGUCUUCACUGAGGCACGCACCAAUCUCCUUCUCCCCGAGUUCUUGAAAACCCUCAACGUUGACUAUCUGGCGGAACUCCGUCCCAAGAUCGAGGACGGAGAUUCCCCAUCGGGGUGGCCAUUGUUGAGUGUCGGUGUCACCUUCUUCGGAUCUGGAUCAGGAGUAGCUGUCUCGGUCAACGUCUCUCACAGGAUCUGUGACGCGGCUUCAUUGCUUACCUUGGUAACAGAUUGGUCAGAGACCAUGGCUAACAAGAACUCAAAUGUGGGUCCUCAUCAGUUCGCUGAGGCCACCAUUUAUCCCCCUGCUCCUCCGCACAUGGCUUCACAGUCCCGAACAACGAACUCAAUAAAGUGUGCAAUGAACCGUUUCGUCUUUGAGUCCUCUAAGAUCGCUGAACUCAAACGCAAAGCAGCUAGCGAAAGCGUCAAAAUGCCUACACGUGUGGAAGCUAUCACGUCACUUAUCUGGAAAUGUGUUACAAAGGCCUCGCGGUCUAACCUGAUGGCUCCAAGGUCAGCGGUCAUGUAUGUAGCCGUAGACUUGCGGCUUAAGGUUCCUUCGAGUGUUUUGUCACCGGACGCUAUUGGUAACCUUCAGACAGCAUUCUUUCUCAAGAAAGACGCAGAGAGCGAAGUUGAAAUACAUGAAACCGUGGCCGCAUUCAGGACGGCCAAAGAAGAAGUCGACAAGAUGUUAAAAGAUAAUGUCCAAAGCAAUACACUUAGUCAGGGUUUGUUGAACAUGAUGGGAAGUCAGGCGGCGGUGUUCAAACCGGACAUAGACAUAUACACAACGUCUAGCUGGCUCGGUAAGCCUUUCUACGGGGUUGACUUCGGGUGGGGUAGUCCGGUCUGGAUGGGAUCAGCUACACAUACCGUCUAUGACAAAUUGGUGUAUGUUUCGCUGAUGGACUCAAAGGAUGGUGAAGGUGUGGAAGCAUGGAUAAACAUACCUGCAGAAGUCAUGUCUGUGUUUGUCCAUGACCAAGAGUUGCUUGCUUAUGCUGUCCUAAAUCCCCCCAUCACAAUCUAAAGCAAAAUGGCCAUAUGUUAUUAUCGUUGGAGGAAAAGGGUUAAAAAUAUCCAAUUCUUGGUUUAAAUUUCUUUUUAACUGGCUUUUGUUAUUUGCUUGAAUAAAUUGAUAACCAUUUCAAAUUUCAUGUUGUUUGAUGUGUUUACAGCAAUUGUAUGUGCUCAAUAAGGUUUACUUUACAUUGUUGUUGUCAAUUUCUUACUUUUCCAGUUACUUUCUAAGAUAGAUCUAGACAUUCCCUAAACUUCAAGUCGUUUUAAUUCAGAACUUUUUGUUGGUUGUAGAUCUAGGCAUUCCCAAACUUAGUUUUAAAACAUCUUUUUGUUCUCAAACGAGUCUAUGACUAAAAUAUGUUUCAUUAAAUUAGUAACUAACAACUAUAUUUUUUUUCUUUUAUAUAUAUAUAUAUAUAUAUAUAAAUAUUUAAAUUAAAACAUUAUUUAAACUCUUCUCUGAUAUUCUAUUCAUACUAGCAGCGGCUGAUUUAACCAGGAUUGCAUCCAGUUGAUUGCGUUCAACUUCUUCUACUUAGGGUUUGAAGCUUAUUUGUUCUGAUUCUGAUGAACUGUCAGAAGCCACAGGCGACGAUAGCUUUUCUUGAUGUGAUCGUUGAUGCUAUAUUGGUAGAGCCGACUCUUGGACCAAGCCAAGGAAGCCACUGCUUCCGGCCGUUUUAUUACAAAGAUAAUUUCGGCCACAUUUUUUCAAAAUUCUCCUUUAUUCUAAUGGCAAAAUCUGAAUGCAUUGGACUUGUUUAGUCCAACCAAGGUUCAAGCCUCCUCAAAAGCGGCCAUUUUUUUUAAUUUGUGUCUGGUCCUGGAUUAGCAAGGACCGGCUCUGUACAUUGGACAUAAACAUAUGUUCGUGUUUCGAUUUUCUGAUAGGAACCUGUUGAUCUUGUGAUAUACUGGGCCAUUUUGGCGAUUACAUUUUUUAUCAAAAAAUUUACAUUUUUUAUCAAAACUUAUUUGAUUUCUUAAAUCUGAAAAACAUAUUUAAAUUAAAAAAAAUUGAUUCUAUUUACAUUACAUUAUUCCAUAUAUAAUACGGAUCAUAACAUAAUUUUAAAUCAGGUUCAAAACACACGGUCAAGACAACGAAUAAAACCGCUGAGAAGCCUUUUACAAUGGGUAACUGCCACGAUUUUGACCUAUCUAGGCGACAAAUCAAGGUUAUCAACAUAAUCAUUUUCUAAGUUUUGAUAGUUUGAAAUCGAGUGUUUAGUUGUAGAUCUAUUAAGAUUAUGUAAAAACAAAGAAGUUGACAAGAAUCAAUGGGAAAUCAGAGACAACUGAAAAUUAGGUUAUAAAUUUGCAUGAAGGUGGACGACGGAAAUAAUUUGGUAAAUUUAAAGUUCAUUAAACAAAAAAAGCAAAUUUUUUGAAGUCUUGACCUACAAAAAAGUAUAGCUUUUUUAUUGACAAACUUAUGAAAACCUAGUUUUCCAUUAAUUAAUAUUUGAUUAAUUGAUUCAGCAUUAGGCUAGGAUCAACCGAACGUGUUGCACCUAUUGCCAUCUUGGUUUAUAUGGGAUAUCUUUAAGAAUGUUUUCACUAAAACACAAAAGUUUUUUCCGCUAAAAAUAAACUCAUUUUCGUGCCAAGAACAAAAAAAACUCGUUUUACACAGCCAAGAACACAAAACUUGUUUUUUUUUUCCCACCAAAACACAAAAAAUUUGUUUUCCGCCAAAACACAAAAAUCAUUUUCUCGCCAAAACAAAACUCAUUUUCCCACCAAAACGCAAAAAAUCAUUUUCCCGCCAAAACAAAAAA